UUCUUGAAUGUAACGUAAGAAAAGUGAACGACCAAAGCGUACGUAAAUCGCCAUUUUUACGUAGUAUAUUAAAAAACCGUAUUCUUGAAUUGAUAUCGUACAAUACGUAUACGUAAUUGUUCGUAGUUCUCUUACGGUUACUCAUCACCCAUACGAAUUGAGUGUUCGUACGUUUUAUUAUCAAAUUUAGAUAUUAUCAUUUGUACUCAAUUGUAUUGUUUUAAUAAAAAAAUACCUCAGCAUGUUCUUAAAUUUCAAUAACCUUUUAUAGUUUAAUUUUUCGUUAUUGAUUCAAGUAAUUUAUUUACUUAGGUACUAUAGUUGCGUAAACCCAAAUUUACACGAUGGCUUUUCAAGAAUUUGAACAAAUGAUGAUUUUACAGCAGUUAGAGUUUGUUGAGUUAGAAGCUGAUAAUCAUCCUCGUCGAUUUUACCAAGCUCAAAAUGUUUUUGAAGAGCUAUCUGAUAAACAGUUCAUUAAAAAAUUUCGGCUUAGUAAAGAGUUGGCUGGCGAACUUAUUGAAGUAUUAACGCCAUAUAUGUCUGAACAAACAAGAAAAACAUCAAUUUCAAUAGAAAGAAAGGUUUUGACAGCAUUGCGAUUUUUCACAAGUGGAUCAUAUCAACUUGAUAUAGGAGACAACAGGUCUUCAGGCUUAAGCCAAGCUUCUGUGAGUAGGUGCAUAACUGAGGUUACCGAUGCAAUGAAUAUGUCCGAUGUUGUCAAGCGGUAUGUUCAUUUCCCAGAUUCAUUUGAGAAACUGAAUACUAUCAGAAGAGGAUUUUACGAAAAAACUGGUGUACCGGGCGUUAUAGGUUGCAUCGAUUGUACACAUAUAGCAAUUUUUCCACCUCGUUCUGAAGGACUAUAUGCGGAACAUAUUUACGUGAAUCGGAAAGGAUAUCACAGUAUAAACACUCAACUAGUUUGUGAUUCAGAUACUAGAAUUUUAAAUGUAAACGCUAAUUAUCCUGGUAGUACUCAUGAUUCGUAUAUAUGGCGUCAAAGUUGUGUAUCAACGUACAUGGAAAAUUUACACAGUAACGGUCAUUCAUCAUAUUUUCUUUUAGGUGAUUCAGGAUACCCACUAAGAUCUUGGCUUUUAACACCACUAAGUGAUCCAACACCAGAUUCUCCUGACGCUCGUUAUAAUAAUUGGCUUACAAGUACAAGAUCAACAAUCGAAAGGUGUAAUGGUAUUCUUAAAAUGCGCUUUAGAUGUUUACUGAAGCAUAGAGUUUUGCACUACCACCCAGAGAGAGCUUCAAAAAUUAUUAUAGCAUGUACCAUUCUCCAUAACAUGUGUAUUAACGAUAACAUACCUGUACCAAUAAAUGAACCUGAUGAUCCAGUAAAUAUUGACUUUGGAAUGUAUGAUGCACAAAUUAUUCCUGAUCCUGUAGUAGGUCAACAAUUAACAAUUGGUCGUCGUAUGCAACAACUGGUCAUACGUUCAUAUUUUACAAGACGUUAAAUAAAACUAAAAUUUAAAAAUGUCAAUGUUUUUUGUUACAUUAUAUAAUAUAUAUUAAUCACUUUUAUAAAAAGCAUGCAAUGUUGUUUUAUACUGUUCAUAAAAAGUAAACCCAUUCAGUCUGUAAUAAACCGUAUUUCUUCAAAUUUGUGUUUGUUAUUCUAAUUA